GAGGGGGGUUGUAGAGCCACAUGGCCACAGACGGAGCUGUUCUUUAGAGGAGGAGGAGCAGCGCGAGCCGAGAAGAGCAGCAGCUGGACCCGCAUCACUCCGCUUUAUAAUCCGGAUCAUUCCCCCGGUUCUCAUUCAGGACACAUCAUGGGUGGCAAGCUGAGCAAGAAGAAGAAGGGAUAUGAUGUCAGCGACCCCAAGGACAAAAAGGAGGAGAGUGCAGUGGUUACCACAUCAGCUACCGAGCAGAAGGAUGAACCCACUGAGGCCAACAAGGCUGGGGCCAACACAACACAACAGGAGACUGCUGGUUCUGCUGAAACUCCAGCGGCAGGAGAACCAGCAGAACCAGAAGCUGCACCAUCGGAGGAAAAGGUAGAGGAGAAGAAAGAACCUACAGAAAGUGCCCAGCAACCUGUGACUGCAGUGGAGGCACACGCGGUGGCACCUGCCACAGAGGAACAGGCUCCAAAAGAGCCAGAGGCUGCACCGGAGAAACCAGCGGCAGCACCGGUGGAGGCUGCACCUGUCACAGUUGAGGCUAAAUCUGUACCAGAGGAACCAGUGCCUCCACCAGAGGAACCAGCAGCUUCCACGGUAGGGACUGUAAGUGCUCCAGUAGUGGAAUCUGCCUCAGCCCCGGAAGAGGAUGCACCUGCCCCCAAAGAACCGGCACCUGCCCCAGCAGAGACUGUAGCUGCCUCUGUGGAACCUGAACCUGCACCUGCCCCAGUGGAAUCAGUACCUGCCUCUGUGGAACCUGAACCUGCACCUGCCCCAGUGGAAUCAGUACCUGCCCCAGUGGAAUCAGUACCUGCCACAGUGGAAUCAGUACCUGCCCAAGUGGAAUCAGUACCUGCCCCAGCAGAGACUGUAUCUUCCCCAGUUGAGGAGGUUCCUGCUACAGUUGAGGAUGUUUCUGUCACAGUGGAAUCAGUACCUGCCCCAGUGGAAUCUGUUCCUGCCCCAGUGGAGACUGUACCUUCCCCAGUCGAGGAGGUUCCUGCCCCAGUGGAGACUGUAUCUUCCCCAGUUGAGGAGGUUCCUGCCCCAGUGGAAUCAGUACCUGCCCCAGUGGAGACUGUAUCAAGUCCAGUGGAAUCUGUACCACCUGAAGCAGAGGCUCCACCAGCCCCUGAAGAGCCUUCAGUUGUCCCAGUGGAGGCAAUAGCUACGCAAGUGGAAUCUGUCCCUGCUCCAGAAGAACCAGCAGCUUCACCACCAGAGCCUGAAGCUCUAUCACAAGAACCAACUGCUGCAGAACCAGAACCCACCAGAGAGGAACCUAUAGCUGCCCCAGAGGAGCCUGUAGAUCCCCCACAAGAACCACAAUCAGCAGAACCUGAAGUUGCAGUCGAGGAACCAGAAACAAAACCAGUAGCUGCCGAACCUGAAGAACCUAAGGCUGCACCAGAAGAGCCAAUUGCUGUACCAAACGAACCUGAACCAGAAGAACCUGUAGCUGCACCAAAAGAACCUGAACCAGAAGAGCCUGCCACUGCACCUGAGGAACCUGCAGCCACCCCAGAAGAGCCUGCAGCUUCCCCCGAAGAGCUUGCAGCAGUACAGGUAGUGGAAGAAGCCGUCCAGGAGGUUCUGAGCACCAUGGAAGCUGAGCAAGUAUCGGUCCCAGAGGUUCAGGAACCUGAGCCCGUCGCUGCAACUCCAGAACCUGAACCUGAACCUGCUGUUGCUUCUGAACCUGAACCUGCGGAGAAAGAGAAAGAGCCAGAGAGCGAAGAGCUCAUUCCUGAGAUUGUGAUUUCUGAAUCGGUUUCAGCCAAUGAGCUUUCGGCUGAGGAACCCGGCCCCGCCCCUGCCGAUACGGAAGAGAAGUUGGACAACGGAGAGUGUGACGGCGCUGGAGUAGAGGAGGUGCAAGAACCCUCAGAGCCUGAACCUAAAGUCAACGGGGAUUGUAAGGAGAAGGUCAAUGGAAACGCCAAUGGAGAUGCCCAGGAGUGUGUGAACGGAGUAGAGGUGGAAAAACACGCAGCUCAAGAACACACUGACUGUGACCUGAAAAAGGAUCUAAGCCUAGCUGCUGACCCCACCGCAGAUCUGGUGGUCAGCCAGGCCAUCGAUACGGCGUGAAAUAAGACAACCGUAUAAUGUGAAUUCCACACUGAUGCAAUUUACAACAAAAAGAAAAAAUGGCGUCCAACAAACAACACAGGCUUUCUGAAAAUAAACGUCCAAAAUGCCUGUCGUGGUCUUCUCAGGCAUUCUGGUAUUCUGGUCAACCCGAAAAAGAAGCGAAACCACUCCAGAGCGGAGAGAGCGACAAAAAAAGAGCGAGAGAGAGAAUUACAGAGAAGCUGAAAAAGAGGGAAGGAGCGAGAGAGCAGUAUUUGAAGUGUUUGUACCCUGCUCUGUUUGACGAAGGCUGUGCUGGUGAAUAUAUAAACCAGAAAAAUGUGAACAAUAGUUAUGCAUCAACUGACCACAGAAGUAAACGUUAAAAAAAAAACUGGACGUUAAAAAAAUUCUAAAUAAAAAAAAAAAUACAGAAAAAAAUGGAAACAUGAUUGGAAUGAAUAGUCUUGUGUUUGCGUGUGAAUCAGACUGUGAAUAUGAACCUGGGUUAUUGGGUUAGCUUUUAAUAGUAUAUAAUCUAAUUUAGAUUUCACAUAUCCUUUUUCUUCCGUAUCCACGUAACGAUCUUCAGCUUUUAAACGGGACGGGGCCAAAACCGUCAGGAAUGUUUUUAUCGUGAUGGCUUGGCUUAAAAAAAUAUAUAAAAAAAAGACUCUUGUACCUUUAAACCUUGGUGGUUUUAUUUCCACACCUUCCAUCUUUCAUCAUUGCCCGGAACGAGUGCCUAAAGACGGAGAUGGUCUUUUGUUAUCUUGUGUUAUAUUUAAAAAAUGAAAAACGUAUUUCAAAUAAAUGUAUGAGAAACCUUA